GGUCUGUUUCCACGCUGUAUGACUCUAUGACACUGGUUAAUGCUGGCGAAAUCUGUUAGUUUCCUCUGGGAAGCGUAACACACACUCAGCCGAGAUGACAAUCUUUUCCCUUCUGUUGUGGGUGCCCAUAUCUCCAUGAAAUCCAAACACAGCUCCCGGUUAUUUAAUCAUGUUCCAACUCCAAAGGUCAGAAAACAGCAGAGUUUAUGUUUCAUGUUGGCAACCUUUCAUCAAUGACCUGACACGAUAGCUCUGUUUCUCGCUCCACAGGACUGCUGAGUCUUUCCAGCUUUUUAUUUUGGAUUUCCCGCAUUCUCCAUUUGCGACUCCAAAGCUUUGUGGCUCAAGGGGAAUUUGGUUGAAACUUCCUCCAGGACUUGCUUUCCAAAAGGGAUGUUGUGGGGAUGCAUUCCCUUUGGUCAUCCUUGUUUGAAUCCAAGAUUGGACAGAUUGAAGGAGGGCAGUAUCAGGCAGGGUCUGUCACAGACUGAGAAAUGUGUCAGCCAGUGUGGGACUUUCCUUUCAAUAGAAUUUCCAGAAUGGAAAUAAGUCAUUUAGCCCAACUGGUCCAUGUCGUGCUUCUGUUCAACACAGGCUCCCUCCUGUGCAUCCCACUUCAUUUUGUCCUGUCAGCAUAAUGUUCUAAUGCUUUCCAGGGUCAGUUAGCUCAGUUGACUGGACAGCUAGCCUGCAAUGCCAACAGUGUGGGUUCAAUUCCCAUCACCGGCUGUGGUUAAUGUGAAGGACUGCCCUUCUCAACCUCUCCCCUCAGCUGAGGCAUGGUGACCCUCAGGUUAAACUACCACCCAUCAGCUCUCUCCAAUGAGUCUGGUAAGACUAUGGUGACUAGUUUUACCUAUUUCUUUCUUCCCUGUGUUCAUGCAUGCUGCACCAUGGCUUUCCGCUUUACCUUCAGUGGAGGCAUUCAAGAGGACGUUAGAAGAUUUUUCGGUAGUAAUGGUGUGUGGGUAAAUGCAGGAGAUUGGCACAAGUUAUGGAGCUGGUAUUGAUAAUGGGAGCAGGUAUUGAUAAUGGAGCAGGUAUUGAUAAUGGGAGUAGGCAUUGAUAAUGGAGCUGGUAUGGAUAAUGGGAGCAGGUAUUGAUAAUGGAUCAGGUAUUGAUAAUGGAUCAGGUAUUGAUAAUGGAGCAGGUAUUGAUAAUGGAUCAGGUAUUGAUAAUGGAGUAGGUAUUGAUAAUGGAUCAGGUAUUGAUAAUGGAUCAGGUAUUGAUAAUGGAUCAGGUAUUGAUAAUGGAUCAGGUAUUGAUAAUGGAUCAGGUAUUGAUAAUGGAUCAGGUAUUGAUAAUGGAGCAGGUAUUGAUAAUGGAGCAGGUAUUGAUAAUGGAGCAGGUAUUGAUAAUGGAGCAGGUAUUGAUAAUGGAGCAGGUAUUGAUAAUGGAGCAGGUAUUGAUAAUGGAGCAGGUAUUGAUAAUGGAGCAGGUAUUGAUAAUGGAGCAGGUAUUGAUAAUGGAGCAGGUAUUGAUAAUGGAGCAGGUAUUGAUAAUGGAGCAGGUAUUGAUAAUGGAGCAGGUAUUGAUAAUGGAGCAGGUAUUGAUAAUGGAGCAGGUAUUGAUAAUGGAGCAGGUAUUGAUAAUGGAGCAGGUAUUGAUAAUGGAGCAGGUAUUGAUAAUGGAGCAGGUAUUGAUAAUGGAUCAGGUAUUGAUAAUGGAGCAGGUAUUGAUAAUGGAGCAGGUAUUGAUAAUGGAGCAGGUAUUGAUAAUGGGAGCUGGUAUUGAUAAUGGAGUUGUGAAUAAUAAUGGAGCUGGUAUUGAUAAUGGAGCUGGUAUUGAUAAUGGAGCUGGUAUUGAUAUUGGAGCUGGUAUUGAUAUUGGAGCUGGUAUUGAUAAUGGGAGCAGGUAUUGAUAAUGGGAGCAGGUAUUGAUAAUGGAGUUGUGAAUAAUAAUGGAGUUGGUAUUGAUAACGAAGCCGGUAUUGUUGUGGUUCUGUUUGCCGAGCUGGGAAUUUGUGUUGCAGACGUU